CAAGAGCAGUCUACUUGAACUCUUCUGUUGUCAAUCUGAUCCGUUAUCGCAACACUAGAAUGAGUAAUCUCUCCGAGGCCUACCGAGACACUCCCGUGCACCUUCACCACAUUAUUCCCCUCGACUUCCACGCCGUGGACUCCGUGCCCGAAUCCCACGAAUGGCCUCACUCCGACGUCCUCCGGCCGGUGAUCGACGAGAUAUCGAUACCCCUCGUCGAUCUCAAGGACCCCAAUGCACAAAAAUUGAUAGGCCAUGCAUCCGAGGAUUGGGGAAUAUUUCAAGUGACGAACCACGGGGUGCCUUUAGGUGUGUUAAUGGAUGUUGAGUUUGAGGCCAGGAGGUUGUUUUCUCUUCCCGUGAAGGAGAAACUCAAGGUUUUGCGAUCGCCGGAGGGCGCUACCGGCUACGGGGCGGCUCGGAUUUCGCCGUUUUUUAGCAAGUUUAUGUGGCAUGAAGGGUUUACUAUUAUAGGAUCAUCGUCGGUUGAUCAUGCUAAGCAACUCUGGCCUCAUGAUUAUGAAAGCUUCACUGAUGUAAUAGAUGUAUACCAGAAGAAGAUGAAGGAACUGGCCCAUCAGAUACUGCUCCUCCUUCUGAAAUCACUGGAGAUCUCAGAAGAAGAUAUAACAAGCUGGGCCGCAUCAACUCAUGACUCCAAUAAUGGAGCAUUACAGCUAAACUCUUAUCCUUGUUGUCCUAACCCUAGCCGUGCCAUUGGCUUAGCUCCUCACACAGACUCCCUGCUGCUCACCAUUUUGAGCCAGACCCAUGACUCCUCUGCCCUGCAGAUAUUCCGGGACGGUGUGGGGUGGAUCGCGGUGGCCCCGGUCAGGGAUGCGCUGGUGGUGAAUGUGGGGGACUUGUUGCACAUUUUAUCUAACGGGAGGUUUCCUAGUGUUUAUCACCAGGUGAUCGUGAGUGAGAAGGAGCAUCGGAUUUCGGUCGCUUACUUUUAUGGACCGCGGACGGACGCUCAAGUCGCGCCGCUGUCUAGGAUUGAGGUUCCGAUUUACCGUUCGUUGUCGGUUAAAGAGUUUAUCGGUAUCAAGGCCAAGCAUCUUGACAAGGCGCUUUCCUUUGUGAGGAUUUAAUGUUAUCUUCAUGUGUUGUAAAACUGUUAACAUAAUUGAUGCUGUUUUUUCUGUUAAUUUUAAAGUAGGUAUUGAGCUUGCACAAAU